CUAAAAUUAGGGUUUUUGUUUUCCUCCCCACUCCUACACUUAAUAAACUAAGUAGGUGCCGACUGCUCCGUUCUUUGUAGCAAAGCAAAGUUUGUGAAGCAUGGCCGUCGGGAAGAACAAGAGGAUUUCCAAGGGAAAGAAGGGAGGAAAGAAGAAGGCAGCGGAUCCUUUUGCUAAGAAGGAUUGGUACGAUAUCAAGGCCCCUUCAGUUUUCACUACCAGAAAUGUGGGGAAAACUCUCGUCUCCCGUACUCAGGGUACCAAGAUUGCUUCUGAAGGACUCAAACACCGUGUGUUUGAGGUUUUCCUUGCUGAUCUUCAAGGUGGUGAUGAGGAUCAUGCUUACAGAAAGAUUCGUUUGAGAGCUGAAGAUGUUCAAGGAAAAAAUGUUUUGACCAACUUCUGGGGAAUGAAUUUUACAACUGACAGGCUGAGGUCUUUGGUGCGUAAAUGGCAAACCCUGAUUGAAGCUCAUGUUGAUGUGAAGACAACUGACAAUUACACUUUGAGAUUGUUCUGCAUUGGAUUCACUAAGAGACGCCCGAACCAGGUUAAAAGGACUUGUUAUGCUCAGUCCAGCCAGAUUAGACAGAUACGCCGAAAGAUGAGGGAAAUAAUGACUGCGCAGGCAACAUCUUGUGAUUUGAAGGAACUGGUUCAAAAGUUCAUCCCCGAGGUGAUUGGAAAAGAAAUCGAGAAGGCAACAUCUAGCAUCUAUCCUUUGCAGAAUGUGUUUAUUCGUAAGGUCAAAAUCUUGAAGGCUCCCAAGUUUGAUCUCGGGAAGUUGAUGGAGGUUCAUGGUGACUACUCAGAGGAUGUUGGUGUGAAACUAGAGAGGCCUGCUGAUGAGACAAUGGCUGAGGCUCCUGCAGAGGUUGUUGGAGCUUGAACGAAGAACAAUAGUCCAUGAAUUUGUCUUGUUUUUUUAUGCUUCUAGGAGUUUUUGCUGAUCAUUUUAGUUUUGUCGAAAAAUUGUAGUAGAGAAUUUCUCCAUGGUUUUGAUGUUAAAAGGAUAUGAUUUUGCAACUUAAUAUUUGAGUAAACAAUAUGUUACCCUUUGGUAAAAAAUAAAUAUGAUCUUUACCUUAAAA